UGACACAUUCGUUCUUAUUUACCAACAAACUCAACAGUACCGGAUGGUUUGUGAAAGAAAAUGCAAAGAAAUUGUUAUCUUUUAUCAAACAUUAUUCCUUAAAAAUAUGUGCAUUUGAUAGAAAGUAUCAUCAAUUACAGUAUUACUUCAAAAUGAGUCAUUGUCGGUUAUGUUCUGGAUUGUGUAACCGUAAUAAAAGAUUACUGGAUCGGAAUUUUCGAGAAAUGGCCCAGGAUGUGUUUUGCUUGCUGAUUGAUGUAUCCGAUCGAGAUAAUUCCGUUGCGGCUUGUGACUCAUGUCAGAGAAAAGUUUAUAAUUUUUACAACUUCAAACAUAGAUGCCGACAGCGAGAGCAGGAUCGAAAUUCCAUCAAAAAGCGUCCUAUUAGUAUCGGAUUUUCGGUUUUGAAGAAAGUACCACCACCAAAAGAUAAUGCAGAACGUUGUAUCGGAGGUGCUGCGAAGCGUCCAAAUUCCAACACAAACCCAGAUGAUUCCGAUGAUGAUGGAAUGGCUCCAUUAGAGUUCGACGAUAACCCCAGAAAAAAGCGCCCACCACCGAAACGGCUUCUGGUUCGAUUCACCAAAGAGCAGUUGGCGAGCAGAUCAAAGAAAGAGCUUUACGAAGAACGGCGCAACUUAAUCUGCGAACAAUGUGGCAAGUGUGUGCCAGAUGUUAGAAUGGAAAGUCACAUGAAUAACCAUUUAGGGGUAAAGCCGUAUAUCUGCGAGGAGCCAGAUUGUGGUAUGGCCUUCCGAUGUGCCAACGAUCGCAAAAUUCACCGAAAACGCAAUCAUGCUAACGAACAGUAUCCCUGCGAAAUUUGUGGCAAAAUUUUAGGGAGUACUUUAUCACUGAAGUCACACUCCUACUCGCAUCGGGAGAAAGAAUUUAAGUGCGAAAUUUGCGGAUUGAUGAUGUUGACGAAGAACCGAAAGGAUAUUCAUAUGCGGGUGCAUACACAAAAGCGAGAUUACAAAUGCCCUCACUGUCCGAAGUCGUUCUAUGUGAAUACGGUCUUGACAUUACACCUGCGGAGUCAUUCUGGAGAGAAGCCAUAUGUGUGCCACAUAUGCCAUUUUGCAAAUUCACAUAGAAUUUUAUACGUGAAACAUAUGAAAAAAGUCCAUCCAGGGGAGGAAAUCUAUAAGCUAUGUGAUAUGCCGAAAAUUACGAAAAAGGACAAAACUGUAACUAGUUAAAUAUUAAUAGUUCUACUAUAUGGUUCUCUACUA